UACGUACAAAACGCGCAGCGUUUCUCGCACACGUUGGUGUACAAGAGCGUGUGUUUAGGAUUGGACAGGCAAAGCGCGUUGCCGAUCUCGCCCCUCGUGGGGGGUGUGUGGGAAGAACAGCAGCGGCAUCAUCAUGCGGAGAAUGUUCUUGACAUUUACGGCCGUCCUCGUAGCAGUGGCCUGCGCGGGGCUGUCCCGAAACGCAGGGAGCAAGUUCGUCAGGACAAGGGUUCAGCAGGGCUGCCGCCGGAAUUACGCCAACGUUGCCACCGCCCGCUCGCGGGAGAAGCCGUCGCUUGACCUUAUCUGCUGUACCGGAAGCGUGGAGGAUGACGGGGUGUGCAUCGGGGGUGGAAGCCGAACUACCAAGACCCUCACCUCAAAGCUGGCAUUCGUCAUCCCGCUCGCCGCACUGGCGGUCAACGCGUUCUGCGACUGGCUCGCCGGAGGCGCGACCCCUUCAAGAACGCGAGCUCGGUGGAACCGAUUCUUGCUGUACGUGGCCGUCAUACUGGGCCGCACCUUGGGCUUGUACUUGGGCUUGAAUUACAUCCAGGGUCUUGUUCAGUCCGAGGAAUCGAGCAACUGCUGGUACGCGCACCUCAGGCGCAGCGGGAAGUGUAGCGAGCACUUCGACUUCGCCGACCAUGUGGUCCUCGCCGUGUGCCAGUACUACGCGAUACAGGUAUUCGAGCUCUGCUGCAUUCUCCGAGAAUACGGAGACUUUUCCCGCCAAGCCGCCGCCAUCGCCUCCGGCCUCCAGCGAAAACCAUCACCUACUCCAUCGUCUCCCUCUUCCUCUUCCACGUCCUCAUCGAGAUCACCACCACCACAACCGCCGCCGCCAUUACGGCCGUCGCCGUUCCUGUCGGUCCUUCCCGCGGCCGCCGUCUGCGCGGCGGUGGCGGGGGCCGCGCUUCUCCUGGUAUACGAUACGGCCGCGCUCUUCCACUCCAGGGCCGAGACCGUCGCCGCACUCGUCAUCUCCUGGUUCGUCGUGGGCGAACCCCUGCUGAGCUUGACGGGCGGUGCGGCGGUGGCGGCGGGCGGCGGCGGCGGGACUGUUUGCUAG